GAAUCGAAGAAGGCGAGGGAGAGAAAUGAACCAACGGAGUACAGAGAGGAAGUGAAGAUCCGCGUGUUUUGACCGGCCGUCCGAGCGUACGCCGGGGGCGGAAGCGAGACGGCGGAGUUGAACAGCCGCGCCCGGUGAUCGCCGCAGCCGCCGCCGCCGUAGGCGCCGUCGCGGUGUCCCGCGGGAGGACGGGGGGGAGGGAGCGCCGAUCGGGGGCGAGCUUGAGCUCCGCGUUGUCCGGGAAGGGAUCCGGAGCCCGGAGGUCCCGAUGGUGGGCGAUUCGAGCCUGGAGUUGCAGGAGUCCGGCUGGGAGGAGCUGAGGAAGGAGGCGAGGAAGAUCGAGGGCGAUCUCGACGUCAAGCUCAAUUCCUACGCGAAGCUCGGGGCGAGGUUCUCGCAAGGAGGUUAUGUAGACACCGGGUCACCGACUGUUGGGUCCAGCAGGUCAUGGAAGUCAAUGGAAAUGGAGAUCCAGUCGUUGCUUGAGAAACUAUUAGACACAAAUGAGGCUAUGAGUAGAUGUGCUGCAUCUGCUACUCCCACUACCUCAGUGACUCAAAAGUUGGCAAGACAUAGAGACAUCCUUCAUGAGUUUACCCAGGAGUUCAGACGAAUCAAGGGAAACAUCAGCUCAAUGAGGGAACAUGCAGAACUUCUCAGUUCUGUGAGGGAUGAUAUCAGUGAGUAUAAGGCUUCUGGGAGUAUGUCACCAAGAGUGCAAUUACUAAGAGAAAGAGCUUCAAUUCAUGGAAGCAUAUCCCAUAUAGAUGAUGUGAUUAGCCAAGCUCAAACAACAAGAGCAGCUCUAGGCUCUCAGAGGGCUCUCUUUGGGGAUGUUCAAGGGAAAGUGAAACUCUUAAGCGACAAGUUCCCUGUAAUUCGAGGCAUCCUAGGCUCAAUAAGAAGGAAGCGAUCGAGAGACACUCUUAUUCUCUCUGCCGUGAUUGCUGCCUGUACAUUGUUCCUUAUAAUCUAUUGGCUCUCAAAAUAGUUGGAAAGUGAUAUCGCAGAAAAAUCGGAAGUUAUCUGCUAUUUUAGGAAUUUUGCUUCUGUAAUUUGCUCGAGCGAAUUCUUUCUUUUGGACCUUGUGAUACACGGUUGUGAUUUUCUGAUGUUAGUAAAGAUUAUUCUUGCAUAAAAA